GAAAAUUAAAAAGAAAAGUCAUCAGGUAAAACUGAGGCGAUUGCACUUUACGCACUAGGCGGUAGAGAGUUGCUCUCAUGCUCCGUUCUGUCAAACCAGCAAUAUUGGAGGAGAAAUUAGAGACAGAAGAGAGAGAGUGAAACGGAGAGGGAGAUAGAAUAGGGCAAGGAGCAUGGGGGAUCUGUAUGUCUGGCUCAUAUCCUUCUUCUUCCUUGUAGCCCUACUCGUCAUCAUCGUAUUCCAGCUUAUGUGCUUGGCAGAUCUGGAGUUUGAUUAUAUCAAUCCUUAUGACUCCUCAUCUCGGAUAAACAAAGUGAUAUUGCCAGAGUAUAUAGCUGAAGGAGUUUUAUGCAUCUUUUAUCUCCUAACAGGGCACUGGUGUAUGUCACUAUUGUGUGUUCCAUACCUUCACUACAAUUUGAGGCUUUACACACGAAGACAGCAUCUGAUAGAUGUGACUGAGAUAUUCAACUUGCUUCACUGGGAAAAGAAGCAGCGACUUUUCAAACUCUUCUAUCUCAUUUUUCUCCUCUUUCUGUCAAUUUUCUGGAUGAUUUUGACCGCAUUGGAAGAUCAUGACCUUGAAUAGUUGGGUGCUCGUGUGUCAUUGUUAUAUUCAUAGGGAAUUCUGGAUUCCAUAAACUGCUGUCUUGUAUGAAUGAUUAGGACAAAAAGGGGUUCUGUUGUUGUAAUUGAUAUAGUUCACGUUCCAGGAUUGAGUGAUCAUUAGAUUUUCUGUUGAUUCAUUAAAUUAUAGUUUGAGAUGCUAUACAUUUCUUGGCCUUUGGCUAAUGCAAAUGUUUUUGAGGCAUUUCAUGUGGUUCAUUUA